GAAAAUGGAUGGAUGAAAAAUUGUGUAGUGGGGGGCAGGGGCACUCAAAAUAAAGUUCUCCUUUGGUCCCCAAUUUAGCCUGCAGGCGGCUUUGAUCUUAUAUCACACUCGUAUCAAUCCGAUACUGACAACAGCGAUCAUAUAGGGCAGGCCCGUCACAUUUAUCCACCCGCUUCUCUACAACAAAGCAACAAAACGAACAAAGACAGGACUUAAACAACGGCAAAAUGUUGUCUUUAUUGUGGCAAUCUCCUUAUUGCUGUCUGUAGAUAUCCACCAGUGUCCCGGUCCAAACAACAUACCGGCAACAGGGGAAAUCAACGUAAACACAGCUAACAGCUACCAACAGGAACACCACCGCUAACCUACAGAUGUCCUGGAUGGUGCCAUGUGAAUGACUGAAGACCAUGAAGCCCACUCGCAAGCUGCUGUUCGUCCUGUGCCCCAUGCUGGUCCUAGGCUUCAUUUACUAUUCCUCUGGGAAGCUACACCUACACGUAUGGGGCCAGAAGUUACAGCUUGAUGCUGAUGUGGCAACAGUAGUCCCGACUAAAGGGACUGAAGUGAAAAGAAUUGCAGAGCUGGAAUCAGAUACCUCCGUGGGACUAAUUGUAGGCUCAGUGUAUGAUAAUCAGGGCUUUUUGCUGCAGCUAGACACAAAGUUGCCACCAGAGUUGGCAUACAAGUACGGCAAUCUCAGUGAAGGAAUAUGCAAGCCAGGAUAUGCAGCAGCAAAGAUGACCACCAUCUAUCCAAAGUUCAUGAAGGCAGCACCCAUGUUUCUUGACCCCAACUUCAAGCGACUCGCAAAAGUCAGCAGUUAUUUGCCUCCGUUUGGAUUCAAAACCCAAGAGAGAAUCAUUGACAGCAUUUUGACCACCACCAAAAACUUUGGACUUGGAGACGAGCUGGACAGUCUCAGCUGUAAAAGAUGUAUCAUUGUGGGAAAUGGAGGCAUCCUAUCCGACAAGUCGCUGGGUUCCGUUAUAGACGACUAUGAUGUUGUGGUCAGAUUGAAUGAAGCCCCGGUGGCCGGUUACAGCAAAGACGUCGGGACCAAAACUACACUAAGAAUUACCUAUCCAGAGGGAGCUAUUCAAAAGCCUGAACAUUAUGAGAAGGAUUCCCUUUUUGUGUUUUCUGCUUUCAAACCACCGGACUUCAAGUGGCUUCGGCAGAUGGUCUUUAAGGAGAGACUGCGAGGAACAGAGGGUUUUUGGAAGUCCGUGGCCCAGCAUGUGCCUCGUGAGCCCAGCGAGAUCAGAAUCCUCAACCCCUACUUCAUCCAGGAGGCCGCUUUCCAGUUCAUAGGCCUGCCUUUUAACAACGGCAUCAUGGGAAAAGGGAACAUUCCAACCUUAGGCACGGUUGCCAUAACGAUGGCGCUGCACAACUGUGAUGAGGUGGCGGUGGCCGGUUUCGGCUACGACAUGAGCAUGCCCCACGCCCCGCUGCACUAUUACGAGACUGUCAAGAUGUCCGCUAUUAAGGAGUCGUGGACCCACAACAUAUCCAAGGAGAAGGAGUUCCUGCGCAAGUUAGUGAAGGCCAACGUCAUCACAGACCUCACCAAUGGUAUCUGAGUAGACUUCUCUCUUUACCGCGGCCCUUCCCGAUGGACUACCGCACAGGAAGCCGGGAAAAGGCAAGAAAGAAAGCCCAGUGGCCUUCGCACUGUGGGCUUUUCAUAUCAGAGGACAGGACUUCAAACACAAGAAGUCAGUUUUGUGGUGACUUGCACACGUGCCUUCUGAUCCAAAGACGCCGACCGAUGCACGCAGUUGGCCGCACGGGGUGGGGUGACUGGAUCCGCCCACUUCCUGUCUGAUCUCCUGCAUUUGAGCGGUUACCACUUUAGUUUUGACUUUGGGAAGAGCAGAAGCGAAGCUGACAGGGUGCAGGGACGGGCCGAGUAUUAGCAGUGCCAAACGUACCUCCGGCGAGAGAGAAGUGGCGCUCCUCUCCUUUUCUUGACUGCCUGAAUGUAUUCACUUCCCUCAGUGUCAAUGGCAGAUUUAGAUUUUGACCUUUUAACCAGCGCCCUUCCCGCCUGUCUUCGGUUCUUUCGGUUCCGUCCAUUUGGUCACGAGCAGAGGUCGGCGAUGGACCUGCUGCCUGCUUCUUCAACAUGUACACGUAUUUGGCAGACCGACAAAAGGAUGAUUUAUUUAUGUGUAGGCAAUAAUGCAGAUCAAUCCGUGUUUUAAUACUUUUAUUUAUCUGAUUCUACAAUCAGACUGAAAACCAGAAGAGGCGAUUGUUUUGCAGAAAUGUUCUUGAGGGAUUUAUUCCAGCUCGUCAUCCCUGUCAGGUGAACCCUGAUAGCUUUCAUUCGGACACUGGAUCUCGUGUGUGUGUGUGUGUGUGUGUGUGUGUGUGUGUGUGUGUGUGUGUGUGUGUGUGUGUGUGUGUGUGUGUGUGUGUGUGUGUGUGUGUGUGUGUGUGUGUGUGUGUGUGCGUGCGCACGUUUGUGUGCGCGCACACAUGUGGGGGUGUGUGUGUGCGCGCGUCGGUGCUGUCCGCAUCGCCACUGGACUGAAUGUCAAAACCUUUAUCAACCUCCCACUGCUGCAGAUCUUCUUGUGCACCAGAAAUGGAUAAUUUGUUGAUUGUCUACUCAAUAUACAUACAUAU